UCAUCGAUUUCUACAAAUUUCAACUUAUAAACGUGUGAUUCGCUGUCCGUUGUGCAUGAGAGUCUAUCCUGCCCCAUUUCCUGACGUUUCCUUUUAUGAGAAAAACAUUAUUUUAAGAAAUUUGAAAGAUUUUAUUUCAGAGAAAAGGAAGACGGAGUUGUGCGACAAGUGUCCCAACCAGUUUGCGGACGCGUACUGUAAAGAUUGUGACUUACGUCUGUGUAGAUCUUGUAGUGAAGCAAUCCACAUUGGCAAUAACUCAAGUCACCGCGUGAUUUUUGGGGUCAAUAAUCUCCAAGUUGACGCGUGUCAUUUUUGUCUUAAGCAGUCAGAUAUAUUCUGCCCGAAUUGUAAAAUAUUCUUUUGUAAAGCUUGUAAAGAUGUUCACCACAGUGACGAAACUGUUGGUACUCAUAAAAUCUGCAUCACCAACCCAGAAUACAUUCCGGAAUUUGAAAUGGCACCCCUGGAAGAUUCAUCUAUGCAAACACCACAGGAAAUCGACAAUUCUAUGCGAGUUCCUGUUCGAUCCAUGAACGAAAGAUGUCAACUUUGGAUAUGGAAGCUAUGGACCUUCAGUCAGGAUCUGGUUGCCAUUAAGUCGCCAGUAAACACAGCCUUGGUGUUCUUUCUGGUGAUGCUAGUCGUAAUAGUCCUAUACAUCCCCUGCUUUCCCGCUUACACAAUUCUACCAUCAGAGGAAGUCGAACCGGUGAACAUGAUAUGUCGACACAAAACAAAAGAGGAAGUGUACCAAGACAAGAAAAUUUCGAACAAACAGGUGCACAGGACUGUGUGUACCUUUGACGUUUUCCAUCACAGUCUUCUCUACAGAGACCGGACAUAUUUUGUACUAGACAUCGAUAUUAACAUAGCAAAAACAUUUUUAGGAAAACUGUUCACCAUCAAUGUGGGCCAUCUCAAUAUGGAGGACAACACCCAGCACAAACAGCACUGGUCUAUUUCGCGGUGCAAGACCAAAAAUGACGAUCUUGCUAUAUGUUUGGAUGACGUCAACAACAAGAAAGAGACCCUAGUAACCCAGAAGCUAAUCGGCACAGUUGUGAUGGAACAGAAUAAGAGGGUAUCGUUCCUCUUUUUGGUAGAUAAUCAGAAACAGACUAUGGAAAUCUUCGCACCAGUGGUGCUUUUGAAAGAUGUUGUUUUUCUAGAAAAGUGUUAUGAAGGCCAUAUCUUGCGUGUCUGGAUUGCGCUGGCUGAUUUAAACAAUGACAUGCAUGUAACAGCCAGAAUAAGGAGUGGGGCAAAUAUUACAAUAGGCGAUCUACCGAAUCCUGCCAUUGUUACUACUUAUCAGAUCGUCCAUGGGGUGUUAACGUAUCCUUUCCGCUGCCUUUAUGCCUACCUCUGAAAAACAUUCCUACCACUUCCUUAUCCGAACGCUAACAACGAAAAGGAGACAUUGAACCUCUAAACGCAAUUUCUUCAGUUCUUUCGAGACUAAAGUUUUAUUGAUUGCCAAUACACAGCUUUUCUUCUUUUAUAACGUUACCUUAUUAAGCAGGAGAGUUUGAAUUCAUAUUCGUAAUGUGUAUUUCCUUAUAAUGAUAAGCAACGUUAUAAGCUACAGAAUCGUAAGUGAAUAGGCCCUUAGUCUGACCCUUGGGGUCUCUGUUUUUCCAUAUAACCGAAUCAUUGUAAUGGUAAAACAUACAUUGCAAGAUGAAUGAAACAAAUACAAAGAGAAACCUUGUGUACAUUAUGUGGCUAUCCUAAGUAAUACAAUUAAUCUAGUAGGUUUCCCAAGUAUGUUUGAUAUAGUUUUCUGUGUUUUUCCUUGUACAGUAGCAUCCACCUAACUUCCGUAUGGAUAUAACUGUAGCCCCGGCCUACUGAAUUUUCACACUCGGAACACUGUUGUUUAUUGUAUUUUGUUUAUUUUGAUCCUUAUAACUUCUCAUAAAAGUCUCUUCAGAAAUGAUUUAUCAAAGCUAUAGUAAUGCCUGGGAAAACCCAGUUCCCUAUACGUAGUAACAGUCUUUGGCAGUGGAGCAGGGAUUCUUAAAGUUGUUAUUCUUCUCAUAAAUAAUAUAAAGCUUUUUAUUCGGUAAGGUUAGUUUUAAUUGACCAAUUUCUGUUUGAAUCACUAUGUUUUUCAAACAUUCAAUACUGUAAUACCAUACCAUGUUUACUCAAAAAUGAAAAUUUGAAAUAUUAUGUGGAGACAUUUUUACAUGCCAUGUGCUGCAUUUAAAUUAUAUAUGUACAGAUUAAUACCUUGUAAAACAGAUAUUGUACGGAAAACCUGCGGUUGUAUACUCCUCAGCUUGCCACCUAAUUCUAGUUCAUAUCAGCGUAAUUUCCCUUUGUUCGUAUAUAUAUUCAGUAGUUGAUUACCUAGUCAGUCAUGUGUCAUUUGAGCUUAAAGAUUUAUAUCUGUUUACAGGUGUGCUAACAAAUAAAAUAUACGCUGGUUUCUCGAGUAUUUUUGUAUAAUGUUAUGUGUCCUUGUCAGUCAUAUAGUAUUAAUCUCAGUAUCCAUUGCUGCCAUAUUUUAAAGCUUAUACUUUUUUCUUCCCCGACAUAUUGGUUAUUUAACGUGGAUUAACUGUUAUAAGACCAUAUUGAAAAGGUUCUUUCUUAUACUGUAAUGCUCUGAUAUAUCUGCUUUAAAUUGUUCAAUCUAAGUAGAAUGUCCGGGAGUUUAUCUUAAUUGAUUCAAAUCAAAAGACUUUGAAUACCUAUUCGAUGACUAUACCAACACGCAUAGAUAUAAGAAAACCAGUAGAUUUCGAGUACUUAAAGGAAAUUCCAAAGGGUAGGCUAUCAGAACACGAUCUGAAUUUUGAGAAGGAUAGGUAUCAACUCAUUGAAUGACACCAAGGUAUAUGUAAAUAACGUGUUUAUGAUAUUACACAAUUGAAAAUUUUAAUAAUUAAAUAACAAGUUGGAAUUGUAUUCAAGUGUGAGACGUUUGGAUUUUGGUAUGCCCAAGUGAUAUAUAAUAAUCGAAAUACAUACCGAUGUGUCAGUCAAUGAACAUCUUUGGAUUUCUCGUAUUAACAAAUUAUCAUGGUUACGCUAUUGUAUUAUCAUGGUUACGCUAUUAUGUUAUCUUUGUGUUACUGAUAUGUUUGCAUGGUGUUGCUAAUGUGAGACCAGCUCAACUGGAAACGUUAUACCAAUGUAGAGAUCUACCGAAUUUAAUUGCAAAUUGAUUGUUACAAGUUGACAAAGUCAUACAUAUAAUAUCAGCAAUGAAUAAGAAGAACAUGGUAAGGAGUUGAAGAGGGACAAAUAAUUUAACUGAUAUUAAGGAAACAUUUAGCAAAAUUAAACAGUGUCGAGAUGAUCUAGGUGGAGAGAAUCUAGAGAUGAGAUGUCAAAAGCUAGCACUGUAAAACAUAUGAAAGGUCUUUGUAUAAGGAACCUUAAACGAUUGUUCGGUAGUAUAUUUUUGUGAUGAAAGAAUGUGGUGCGAGGACCCUUAAUGUUUGUGUGUUACCUAUAUGUAAGAAUGGGUGGAAUGUGAUUACCUUUAGUCACCAAAACAUUGAAGGAUAAAAGACCACUUUUGAUAUUGGGAGGUUUUCCAAAUUUGAUAAUCAAAUAUUAAGAGUUUUUAAAUGUAUAAGUUCUAAUAAUGUUAUUUAUAUGUAUAAUCUGUAAUGUAUUAUCAGAAUAUU